AGAUUAUGAAAGCAAAAUAUUCGAUUACCAAAAGGCUGCUAAUAGAGAUAAUAUCAAUAUAUUAAAUGUUGACAAAAGUAAAGAAAAGGAUAUGAUGGUUAGUAUAGUAAAAACUAAUAAAACACAUGAAAUAAAUGAUAGAGAACCUGAAUACUCACCUGAUCUAAAUAAUAAAAUGGCCCAAAAGAGUAGAGUUACUGGCAAACUUGAUAAUGAAGUUGGUGAAGAUGAAAUGAUGAUAUUGAUGGAGGCUCUGUUAGAUGUUGUUACAAAAAUGAUACAUUGA